AUAUUCUCUCCUACGGCCACUAGCUUAAAUCCUCUUUCGAAUCGUAUAGCUAGGCUAGCUACCAGCUAGCCUUUCUUUCUUAUAAAUUCUACCAGCUUCCUGAUCUUAGCUCAAGGGAGUGAUCUGAGGAGAUGGAGGAGAUCAGUAAGCAGGGAGCUGGUCAACCAAGAGAUCAGACUGACCAGGAUAAUUUAUUGGGUUAUGGUUCUUCUGUGGAUUAUAAAGGAAAAGUGGCUCUUCGGGCUUCCACUGGUGUUUGGAAGGCCUCCAGGUUUAUUAUUGCAAUCGAGUUCAGUGAGAGAUUGUGUUACUUUGGAAUUGCAACCAGCUUGAUCCUUUACCUCAGCAAAGUAAUGCUUCAAGACCUUGAGACAGCAACCAAGAACGUGAACUACUGGUUUGGUGUUACUACUUUGAUGCCACUGUUGGGAGGGUUCAUCGCUGAUGCUUACUUAGGCCGAUUCUCGACAGCGCUCGUGUCAAGCAUCAUCUAUCUCAUGGGUCUGAUUCUCCUGACGUUGUCUUGGUUCAUACCAGGAUUAAAGGCUUGUGAGACUGAUAUGUGCAUAGAGCCUAGGAAGGUUCACGAGGGGGUAUUUUUCCUUGCCAUUUACAUGAUCUCAGUAGGAACUGGAGGGCAUAAACCCUCUUUGGAGAGCUUUGGAGCGGACCAGUUUGAUGAUGAUCACACUGAAGAAAGAAGGCAGAAGACGACAUACUUCAACUGGUGGAACUUUGGCCAUUGUGCUGGACUUCUACUUAGUGUGACUGUGAUUGUGUAUGUGCAAGACCAUGUGAACUGGGGUGCUUCAUAUAUCAUAUUCACGGCAGUCAUGGCAGUGUCGUUGGUUAUCUUCAUCACAGGAAGGCCAUUUUAUCGUUACAGACAUUCAACAGGAAGCCCCUUGACGCCAUUGUUGCAAGUUCUUGUAGCAGCCAUUCGCAAGAGAAAUCUUCCUUAUCCUUCCAGUGUUGCUCAAUUGUUUGAAAUUCUCAAGGCAGAGAAGACCAAAGGGAGAUUCCUGUGUCACACAAACAAACUCAAAUUUCUUGACAAAGCAGCUGUUAUUGAAGACAAGGAUAAUCCAGCUGAGAAGCAGAGUCCUUGGAAACUUGCGACCGUGACAAAGGUUGAGGAGUUGAAGCUUGUUCUGAACAUGAUCCCCAUAUGGCUUGCUACUUUGCCAUUUGGAAUUUGUAUGGCACAACGCACCACUUUUUUUAUCAAACAAGGUGUUAUGCUAAACCGAAAGAUUGGAAAUGGUUUUGAGCUUCCCCCGGCCUCCAUUUUCGCCGUUGCUGCCAUUGGAAUGAUUAUCGCUGUCACUAUCUACGAGAAAAUCCUCGUUCCCACUCUAAGAAAGGCAACAGGAAACGAGCGAGGAAUCACUAUCCUACAGAGGAUUGGCAUUGGAAUGCUAUUCUCCAUUCUUGUAAUGGUAGUUGCCGCCCUUGUUGAGAAGAAAAGGCUAGGCGUAGUGGAGAAUGAUCCCAGAAAGAGUUCACUUUCCAUGAGUGUUUUCUGGUUGGCUCCCCAAUUUCUCAUCCUCGGUAUUGGAGAUGGAUUUGCUCUAGUGGGCUUGCAGGAGUAUUUUUAUGAACAAGUCCCAGACUCUAUGAGGAGUUUAGGCAUUGCAUUUUACCUAAGUGUUACAGGAGCUGCAAACUUCGUGAGUAGUUGGUUGAUAACCAUUGUUGGAUGUUUAACCAAGAAGGAUGGACACGGUUGGUUUGGUAAAGAUUUGAAUACUAGCCGUUUGGACAAAUUCUAUUGGCUGUUGGCUGGAAUUUCUGCUGUGAACAUGCUAUUUUUUGUGUUCUUGGCUCGAAGGUAUUCUGACAAAACUGUGCAGAGGGUGGCUGUGGCAGACUGCAAUAUUGAAGGCGUUGAUGAUGCCAUGGUAUAGGUAGUGAUGGCCUAAGGUGGAUCAAGUCUUAGAAAUUCUUUGCAAGUUUUAGAUGGGGCAAUCACAAGAUCGAAAGUUAGGAAGAUUAAGGAAGUUAUGUAAAGAUGUGUGCAAUCCACUUGGAUCGAGUCUAGCAAGAGCCAAAUAUUCAAGAUGAGUUUGAGAUAAAAAGAUUCAGUUUUCAUCAAUGUGAUAUGUUAUGGAAGAUACGACUUGGCCUAUUUCAUUAAAAUAGCUUAUUUUAUUAGUUUAAAAUAAUGGAGUUUAUUAUGAGAAUGACUUAAGGGCAUGUUGGAAAAAUUAUUAUUUUUGUUCAGGUUUCAAUGAGUUAUUGUACCGUGGAACUAUUCACAGAAUUGUAGUGCCGCACUGUUCACCUAGGGAUAUUUUUGUAAAGGGCUGAUUUUAUUUUAGCCUAGGGUUUUGUGAGGGUUUAGUUUAAAUACAUUUUGUUGCCUCAUUUUAAAUAGAAGAUAUGCAAGUUUAUGAUUUGGUGAUUAU